CGUGCGCAGCAGCUCUCAGCUAGUGGCGUCCAAUUCUUAGCCCCGCCCCGGUUUUUCCUUGUGCGUCACUAUGGAAUGUAUCAGUAGAGUGGGGAGAGAGCCGGCUCCUUCCUGUUCUGUCAGCAGCUGGAGAAGGGGCAUGGAAAAGGGCAGUCACACAGGGUUGAGAAAAAUGGAUUUGCACCAAGAUCAUCAAUUCAGCAGCCAGGAUCCACUUUCUAAAUGUCUCCAAGCUAAAAAGGAAUUGGAAUCUGCCAUUUCAGCAGUACUGAAAGCAGAGCAGCAAGUUAAGGAAAAUGGAAGAGAGUUGAAGUCUCAAGUCCACUCAUGCAUUAGUCGUCACUUGGAGUGUCUCCGCAGUCGGGAAGUAUGGCUCUUAGAGCAAGCAGACCUUAUUCAACAGCUAAAGGAGGAGGCAUUGCAGCAGCAAGUUCAGCAACUUUACUGGUUGCUGGGGCAGUUCAAUUGCUUGAUCCACCAGCUGGAAAAUCCUCACAGUAAUGAUCUAGUCAAUCAGAUUUCUGUUUGUUUGGAAAGGUUGGGUAGCCUUGCUCUUAAACCAGAAGAGUCCUCCACUCUAUACUUUGAAGCAGAUGUUCCCGUUCUGCGCCAAGCAAUUACUACAUUUGGAUCCAUUAAAACUUUGAAUUCUGGUGAAGAAAAACAAGUUUCUUCCACUGCUGGACCAUGCCCCUUUGUGAGUCAAAAUCCAUGGCUCAUGAAUAACUGUUUUGUUCCAGCAGCUGAACAGCGACCUGUAUCUGAAAUGUGGAAUACCCCGCUCUCUGAUUGGCUGCAGCAAAAGAAUUCAUCUAACAUCUCUCAGUGCUACACUCCAUACAUUCCAAGUCUUUGCACCCAGGACUGGCUUUUAAAAAACCAUGCUGAGGAGCCAAAUGAGGAGUUAAGAAAACUCAAACCUAACAUGGAAAAAAUCUGGGGUCAGCUGGGAGAACUGAACAACUGGUUGCUGCAGUCUCAGCAGAAGGAGGAUUUGAAACACAACAACUCCAGCUCUUCGUUCUCCAUAGAAAAGCUUGAAGAUGGAGACCUAGAUAGUCAAGAUCUAGAAGAUAUGGAUUUGUCUGAUUGGUUAAUAUCGCCUACAGUAACUGAAGAUCCAACAGAUGUGGCUGAAAAAUGGAGAGCUGUUUUUAAAGCAUUUGAUGAAGAUUACAAAAUAAGUGACUGGCUACAAAAAGUUGAAGCGUGUGGCAAUUGUUGUGGUGGUCAGACCUCAUCACUAGAGAUUGAAAACCUUGGUAAUCUUAAGUGCCUCAAUGAGCAAAUUGGAGGAAAGAAAAAUGUUAGCUCCAGCAAUGAUAUGUGGCUUUUGCAAUCCUCACAACCCGUGUUUAAACCACAAGAUGUCUGCAAAGCAAAUGAGCAAUGCUCUACCUUUGCAGAGUGUGUGUGUGAUGAAAGCUGUGAGAAAGAAGCUCUUCGCAAAUGGCUUUGGAAAAAGGAUGGAAAAGAUAAGAAUGGAGUACUGCAGAAACAAGGACAACAUCUUAAAAACCGUGAGCCCGAAAAGGCAAAACCUUCCAUUAGCAUGUGGCUCCAUCCCUGCAGAAGAGAUGCAGAAAGCCUAAGCAGUACCCAGAAGACAGAAGAGAGUGAUCCCUCUCUUAGGCAUUUGAUGAAUUUGCUUGAAACUCCGUUGAGUAAAUGGAUUGCAAAGUCUAGCCAGACAGAGGAAAAAGCAAGCAAGGAAAAUACACAAAGUAAAUGCAGCCCCCUAGCAGAAACUCUAUCGCCAUUCCAUCUGCCUCUGAAUGCUGCUAGUUGGGUGUUGCCCUCAAAGAACACUGAUAAGUUGGAAAAUUUAGAACAGUCUGCUAUAGAGGAUAAGUGGUUGCUACGUAAAAAAGCACAUGACUAUUAUGGGCUUCCUAGUGUCUGUGACCUGUUUGCUUGCAUGAAGCUAGCAGCUGAUAAGGAGCAGUGGCUAUACCGGUCUCCCUUGCAGAUGUGAUUUCCCUUGUGAACUCUAGAUCCCAAGCUGACAUUAUUGUUAAUGACGCACAAUCACCGAUCUUCGUGGCAAAUAAUUUUUCAACAUGCUUUUUUUUUUUUUUUUUUUUUUGCCAUAAAGAUUGUGUACUUUUAGCAUGUAAAAAUAAUGUGACGUUUGAGGUGAAGCAGAUCCCUUAACAGACUGUGAACUAUUUACUACUGAGAGUUAGUAACAUAAGUAAAACUGCACCGGACCCUUCAGCACUUUCUAGUUUCCAAUACAGAGAUAAUUUUUCAAUCAUCAGAAAUUUAAAAUGACACAGUUCCCUCUAUAAAGCAGAUCAUUUUCUUCUGCUUCAACAUUUACUUUUGUGGGAAAAACUUUAGGUAUUUGAAUUCCAGCUAUCCCUCUGCUUAGUAACAUUGCAUUGAAUUAAAGAGAUUUUAUGUGGUCCUAAACUAUUGCCUUUAAAUUGCUAAUAUUUUAUAUUUCCCUGCCAAUUUGUUUAUUUUCAUGAACCUUGUCUCCAAAUGGCAUUUUUUUUAAAUGAGACAUUUUAAAGCAUUAGAUCUGCAGGUUUAGCUUAAAAUUGCUCAGAUGUACAGACUUCUGGUCAUGUGAUUUUAUUUUUUUAAAACUUAAUAUUGGUAGGCAUAUACGUCUGUUCAGUCAAGACUUUAUCGUCAUGACCUUAAUCAUUUUUUUAUGCCUGAUCAUAAAUUUAGCCAUUUGAUUAUGGCUUUCUCUUGUUAAAAGGGUGAAUUUGUACUGUUUUAGAUUUCUCUUUAAAUAAAAACUAAUCUAAAUGAUUGAACAAAUCUGAGCUAAAACUUCAGAGACAACAGUAGGCACUCUCCACAAUCCAAUAAUGUCUCAUCAGUGGAAGUUGUUGAACAUUUUUUUCAUAAGGAAAAUGAGAAGUAUGGUAAAGUAACCAUGCACCUCAUAAAACUCUUUUAUGGUCAAAAAAAUACAGAUUUGUCAUUUUUUUAAAACAACAGUAAUGAUAAAUCUAGAUAUGUGAGAAAUGGACACAUUACUCACCUUAUUGCCAAAUUCUUACCUGUAUUUGCUGAAAUUCCAUUUUCUAUGAAACUUGACCAGCAUAAACAGUAGGGUAAGACUGUAACAAUGUAUGGUUACAGCAACGUGCUAGAGCUCUAUGUAUUCUGGGCUUUUUGCUGGAAACAUAAAUGUUCAUUUUUUUUUUUUUAAGUAUGAAGGCACAUCUCUGCUUUUUGGAACUUUCAUUUUUUUUUUUGUAUGUUAAACUGAUAUUUUUCCUUGAUUUGAAGUCUAACCUCUGAAACCUUUGGGAUUUAUCUUACACCUUUAAACAUACAUUCAGUAAGUUUGCUGGAGGAAAUCUCACUUUAUGUUUAGCUUUUUGCACAGACUAAUGGGAACAUGGCAAUUGCUACAAAGGGGGGGUACAUUUCAAACUCGUCUUAAAAGGGUUAUAGCCCUUUUUCUAUACAGAAUAUCAAUGUCACAGAUUCCUUUCAGCAUAAAUGAAUGAGGGGUCUGUCAUUUCUCUGGGUUGGUUUCCAUAAAAGUGAUUCCAUAUGUCUCAUCUGUUGCACAAAUUGGACUGACUUAUGUUUAGCAGAUCUGCGGAGUAUUUUGGCUAAAACCAGAGGCGCGUAGCACCGGAACCAGUAUUUGUGGUAAACCUUUUAACUGGCAGACGACUUCUUUAAAUUAGUGAAAGGACUCUAACAUCAAAUUUGAAAUAAAAAAACAAACAAACCUAUUUCUAAUUAGAAGAGAUGUAACCCCUUGAAUUGUUAUUAACCCUUUUUGCGCCACUUCUCUUUGAUAUUGGUUUGCCAAUAUUUACAUAGCAAGGCCCAUAUGAAAGAGGAACCUAGCGUGUAUGAUGCUGGCAUAUAAAUACUGUUGUGCCAACACCAUAGUUUGUACAGCUAGGGCAACUAAAAGGGUUAAAGGAGGCACACUGCUUAUUAGUCCUUGAUCUUGGGUAUAUUGUUCCUGUAUUAGACUUAGAUAGUUCUUUUCUUUUGAAAUAUGAAAGUGAAUGCCUUAGCUGAGUCAGUGUUGCAUCUGCUGUAUACACUUAUACAUUACUAUAUGCAGAGGAGUGCAAUCCCUAUUUAAUGGUCUAUUUAAAGAAAAUAAAUGCAUUGUGUUUGUUUUUUCUGGAACAUCUGACAGCAUGCAGGAAUACGUGUAGCCAAGUUGCUUUGGAAGCUAUUAUUUUAUUUGUUUUUAAUGUUUAGCUUUUGAAUCUAUAUUUUUUUUUUCAGUGCUUAAUGUCUGUACCCAGUUUGUUAAAGGGGGAGUUCACCUUUAAAGCAACUUUUCCGUUGGUCUCCAUUGUUUAUUUUGUAUGUCAUAUGAAUCGUAAGAAUUCAUUCCCUUUCCAGCCUGCAACUAUGCUACAUGGUUAAGAAUUUCAGAAUAAUUUUAAAACACAUAAAAAAUGGAAGACUGAUUGCACAUUGUGUUUGAAUAGAAUGCAGACAGUUUUAAGGUGAACUGUCCCUUUAUGUAAUGGGGUAUGCCACCAAGGUGCAUACAAAAUGUAGUUGAUAUGACUUAAUAUUGACCAGUAUAAUCUGCAACAAAGUAUUACUUUUUUUGUUUUAAGAUGCAACAAUAUUAAUGUUCAACCAUAUUACUUAAGCUAGCAAUACAUUUAAUUUCAUAUGUCCCAUUAAAGAUUUAACAGCAAUA